UGUCCGUCUAUUCAGAAAUAUGUUCAUUUCUGAACAUUGUACUCGUAAUGGGAGGCAGACGGUAGACCAGAAUUAUGUUAACUCUUUCUCUCCGUAAUUAUUUACCACGUUCUGGUGGAAUCAACGCUGGUAUCGUCAGUUAGGAGAGAAAGAGUUAACGAGUAGACGCUAUAAUUGUAUGGAUGUGACUUAAGAAUGGAAUACCUGAUAUGUGUACUUAUCUACUUAUCGUACUGUGGUAGUUUUGUGUGCAGCGGGGUGAUAAGCACAACCAAAUUCCUGGACCGAGUUGACCUCAGGCCAGUCGGCUGCAGCGAGGUCAUGGCGUGGAAGGGCGCCAAAAGUUCCAAGAUCAUGUGCGCCCUAGUGUGCGUGGCUCAUCAAACGUGUGUGGCGUUCGCUUAUUCCCAGCAGACGACAAAGUGCUUAGUGUGUCAUGGUGACCUUAUAACGAACUUGACGUUCACUGGGAAUGAAAAGUUCAUGUUUCCCAAUCAAAUUCUCCAAACUAGUGCGCGAAGUAAUUUCAAUGUUGCUAUUAAUAAAAUAAUGCAAUUUCCAAACGGACUCCACGUAGGAUCAUUGAUCCAUUUAUCGGUUGCCCUCUCGCUUUUUGAACCAACACCCACUAUUACCAUCAGGCUACUGCCCGCUGACCAAGAUGUGGACAUGCCUCUGAAAUGUGUCUUUCAAGACAGAGAAGUGAAUGUUGCAGUUAAAAGCAGUUUGAUUGUACCCAUUAUAACAAAGUACAGCAUCGGGCCUCUUCUAAAGAACAUAACACAUACAGUGGACAUCUUGGUGACAAAGGAUGGCUACAGCAUAUACUUUGACAAGUCCUACUGUUGUUAUUCUCAACACUAUCUCCCUUUGAGAAUGAGUCGAUACAUUAAGCUAGACGGAAGCUUUGAAAUUUUGGAACUGGCAGUCUAGGAUACUUGCAAUUUUUUAGAUAAAAAAAAUAAUUCCGAAUUGUAAUUGUUAUUUUUUUUAAGAGAUAUAGUUUGCAAAUUUUAUUACAAAGCUUAUAUCAACUAAAUUAUCCACUUACUAUGUCUUUGUGUCUGUCUGGUAAAAAGUUUGAA